AUGAAUGAUGAAUUGAACGGCAUCGAAGUCAUUCGCACCUACAUCAAUCGAGUUGUUUCGGGGGAUGGCAAAUGCCGCGGUAUGAAAGUGUUGUUGUUGGAUGCCUCUACGACGCAAAUAGUCUCUUGUGUGUAUUCACAGACGGAAAUAUUGAAUCAAGAAGUCUAUUUGGUAGCCAGAUUGGAUGACAACAAACAACACAUCAACCAAUCGCACCUCAAGGCAGUCUGUUUGGUCCGACCGACCGAAGCGUCCGUCGCCAGCCUGGUCAAAGAAUUGCAAUCUCCACGAUUUGCGGAAUACCAUAUAUUCUUUACGGGAAUUUUGAGCUCGGGACUCUUGCGGAUGUUGGCCGAAGAUGACGUCUCGGAACGGGUGCAACAAGUCCAAGAAUUUUAUGGCGACUUUGUGCCCAUCAAUGAAGAUUUGUUGACGAUGCAAUGCCGGAAUACACUGGCCAUGUGCGUGGCGGCUGGAACUAGUUGGGCUCCUCAAUACGCCCAUUUGUACGAACGCAAUGUGAAAGGAUUGGAAGGGAUUCUGCUAAGCCUCAAACGACAACCGAUUGUUGGGAUUCGAUUUGCCAAACAUUCGGCGUGUGCGGAAGAACUGGCGCGGGACAUACACGAUGCGAUAGAAGCAGAUGAAAUAUUUCACUUUCGAAAGAAAAAUCGGAAGGGUACCAUGUUACUAGUGUUGGACAGAAGGGACGAUCCGGUGACGCCAUUGUUGAGUCAAUGGACAUAUCAAGCCAUGGUCCACGAAUUGCUGGGUCUCAAUAAUCACCGUGUCAUUCUAAAAGGAGCACCGAAUAUCACCGAAGAUUUGGAAGAAGUGGUGCUUAGUUCUGGUCAGGACAAGUUCUUUGCUGCCAAUCGACACAAGAACUUUGGAGAGUUGGGAGAAAACAUUCAAGAAUUGCUACGAAAUUAUCAAAAACAAACGGCACAACACAAUACCGCCAAUCUGAAUACCAUUGAAGAAAUGCAAGCCUUCAUGGAUAAGUUUCCAGAGCUGAGAUCACAAUCUCACAAUGUGUCCAAGCACGUGGCGAUAAUGGGGGAGUUGGCACGACUGGUGGAUCUUUGCAGUUUGAUGGAUGUUUCGCAAUUUGAACAAGAAUUGGCGUGCAAGGACGAUCAUACGGCGCACUGGAGAGAGUUGAUGGAAAAGUUGGGAUCCCCGCGUGUCAAGAUUCCCGACAAACUGCGGCUUGGAUUGUUGUAUGCCUUGAGAUAUGAAACCUCGGGGAAUUUGCACAUGGUCCAACAAGCCAUGAAAAAGGGUGGUGUUCCAGCGGACAUGGUGGAAUUGAUCAAUGUCAUGCUGCGAUAUGCGGGUACCAAAUCACGAGGGCCCGGUUUGUAUGGUGAAGAUCACAAUGCAUUGGUCAAGAUGACCAAGUCGUUCAUGACCAGUGUACAAGGGGUAUCGAAUGUCUACGCCCAACAUGUUCCACUCUUGAUGGAUACGCUCAAUGCCGUCACCAAGGGAAAACUGAGAACAGACACUCAUCCCUUUGUGGGCGGAUCCUAUGCCAAACCUGCAAGUGGUGUCCCGCCGGAAGCUGUCAUACCGAAUGAGAUUAUCGUAUACAUGGUGGGAGGUGUGACCUACGAAGAAGGUACCAAGAUUAGUGAAUUCAAUGAAGCCAACAAGGGAAGGAUCCAAGUGAUACUGGGAGGAAGCACGGUACACAAUAGUACUAGUUUCCUAGAAGAACUCAAAGCCACAGCAAUGUAA